AUGGAAAAAUUUUUUACAUCUGUUUUAUCGACCUUUCUUCCGGACAGAUGUGUGAAAAAGUAUGUUUCUGGAACGGAUUUAUUUGAUGGUAUUAUAAACUCCUAUAUCACCACUUUUUAGUUGCCUGUUUUAAGCUGCUUUUAAGUAAGCUGCUUGGUUAUGGGAUAAUCGCCGGAUCCAUGUUUGGUAAGUAUCUAAUUGAUCUUAAGAAUUGGUUUUUAGUAAAGCUUCCGCAGCUCCUUAAGAUUAUUUUUGAAAAGAAUGCACGUGGGCUGAGCGUCUCCGCCGUUCUCCUGGAAUUGUUGUGUUGCACCGCCACUAGUGCCUAUUCGUUCUACCUGAAUUUUGCAUUCAGGUAACAGCUACCGUUCUUGUCUACUACUCCUCCACUAAGAUGCGUACAUGGUUUUACGUGAUGCCCUAUAAUUUUUACAUAACUUUCUUAUCUAUGUAGUAUUCUGCGCUUUUUCUUCCGAGUGUUUCUCCCGUGUAAAUAAUCCUUUACUUUCAGUGUGUCUUUGCCUUACGCAGUUUUACCACGUUUUUUGUGUUUCCGUUUUUCCUUCCAGCUCCUAUGGGGAUGCUGUAUUUCUUGUGCUGCAGAAUACGGCCAUUGCCUUUCUGAUCCUGUCCUGGGAGCAGUCUUAUUUUGUGGGCACCUUUUUCCUUGGAACCUAUGUCGCAUUUGCUGCAUAUUGCUUCUCGCCUCUCGUUCCUCUGGGGACCUUGAGUAUCAUGCAGGCUGGUAAUACCCCUGUUGUCCUUUUCUCAAGGGUAAGUCGGUCGAGUCUUCUCACAUCUCAGUUUCAGUUCCUUGUGUGGAGUUAAUUCUGGAGUGAUUUGUGCUGAAGCUGACGUACACGCAACCGGCUUAUUAUAAGACUUGCACAACAUCGAUCCCAUUUAGCUUCCCAGUCUCCUCUGGGUCUGGUGUCAAAGUGAAUGGCGUUGGAGCUGGGCGCAGUGGCUGAAUUAGCUCAGCUCCGUCUAUGCGCAGCACGCCUCAAUAUGCUAUGGUGAACCCAUUUAUGGAGUUUUGGACCCAGUAGAAUGUACUCAGUCUGUCUGACUAUACGGUCGUCGUACUAUUGUCACGCUGUUAGAUGUCUUGGCCAUGUUAAAUACGUGUGUUGGUAACGAAUACCUGCCUGUGGUCUGCUAAGUUCAACGCUAUUUCACCAUUGUCCCAUCGAAGGCCAAUUCCCAAGCAGCCAUCGGGGUGACCGAAGAGCCGCCGGGCCCGAUUCAAUCAUCCCGUUCUCCAGCAAUAAUCAGUAUAUUAUUGCGAGGGGAUCUUUUAACCGGUUUUUGCAAGUGCGAUUAGGUUUCUUCGUGCUAGUCGCCGGCAGAUGUUAGUCCGCAAAAGUGUUGGGAAAGUUCCCCUCCGGUCGUGAAUAAGCCAGCUGGCAAUUGGCUGAUUUUCACGCGGGCAGUUCAUGGCUCGCUUUUUGCGAAGGGAUACUCACAGCAUCACAUUUUUCAAGAGUCACGUAGACCGUCGUAAUGUGGAGUGGGCUGGGCAUUGGCCGUGGAAUCUUGAUUUCCCGGUAGCCUAAGCCUUGGAUUCGGACUUCUGAUAGCAGUGGGCACUCACGUCGUAUUGAUAAAGACUGCUCGCCGUCGAACCUUGGGUGCCUAGAUCCAGGAACUUUUGCAUAUUCCGGUACCGAUUGUCCGUUCCCGAUUGAGUAGCUCAACGUGUAUACUAUUUCCCGUAUCACUGAAUCAGCGUUGUGGAGCGCGUCGGUUCUCGCGAACGCCUUAGCAUACUUUAAUUGAACACUUCCUCGCAAGUUUUUCGGGCAUUUUUAGUACGGAUUAAUCUCCGGCAACCGCUCGAACUGUCUGUUCGAAAUUAUCUCUAAAGCUCUGGUCCAAAAACAACCACAAGGCAGCGAGCACAGAAAAGCGUCUCUAAGUAGCAAUUCACGGUCGUCAUUUCACAGCCCCUUCAUCGGACUUUGCGGUGCUUUAUAAUGCAGUCAGAGUGCCAGACCUCAGCCGUUCAUGCUCUGGUAGCACUGUGGGUGCUGCCUUACGCUUGUUUACAUUGUAGCUAAUCUUCGCUGAGGGUUGCUCCACUAUCCACCAACCGUGAACAUUCCGAGUAACCAACACCCAAGCUUGUGGGUGAAGCCGUCUACCCGUGAUAGGCUCCGAGGGCAGCUGAUUUGACCGGCACGGUAGCCAUACGUGCCAGUGGCUGUGGGGUUAGGACGAUACUCUCGCGGUAAGCCUUUAUUACGUCCACCCAUGUAUUCCACUGACCACCCCCAUACCAUCAGCAACCAGGGUCGAGAUAACACCCAUAACGAUGUGAUCUGGUUGGCCCAGUAAUUGACCGAUUUGCCUCAAGUGGACCACAUGGAGGGGACAUUCGACUGCUGGCGUUUCAGAAGGAGGAUAUUUCUCUUCGUCAGCAGAACGAUCGUGGAGAGGAGCUGAGAAUAAAGCUCUGGCAUCGCGUAUUGAAUAUUCUUGGGGGCUGCAUAUUUUUAGCUCAUGAUCCACAUGUAACAUUGGCAUAGAUACCUGCCGUGACAAAGACCCUGCAUGUCCACAAUUUGGUGUGUCCGUCGGUCCGACUUUUCAAUGGCAUUUUAUGAAAAUGACCCUCACCUUGUUGGUCCGACGGUUUAACUAAUGGUUGCGCGAACCGAAGCUGGAUGGAAAGACUCCUUUUCAUAACGAUUCAAGGGUUUGGUACAGGUUAUGCUCUCUUGUUCUUGGCGCGGUCAGUGAGUACCCCAUCACCCCUAGGCAGAGGCGUUAGCAAUAAAUUCUUUAAUUUACUCGUUAGCUAGCCGGCAGCUAGGGUUAGUAGGUCUUGUCUUCCAGGGGUUCCUGUUUUACCUUAGUCUUAUCAGUCCCCUUAUGUAUUAUGGUACAUCACUUACCACUUAUUCCAAGCAAGUCACCGUCCUGUGUUCGUCAUGCUGCGGGUCGCACGACAAGCAUCAUUGUUCGCGGUGAUCGAAUUAUCAUCACAGCAAAUCACUAUUUUGCUUGCGCUUUAGCGACCGCUCUGGGCAUCUAACUCCAUGGCAUACCUCGACCGUUCGUUGGCAUGCAAUUGAUUAUUUCUCCACUUUUUGUUGGCGGUUCCGCGUUACCUUCCCUGAUAUCUUAUUUUCUCAGCUUCUUGUCACUUCUCCAUUGACUUUUGGAUUCGACUUAUAAGAUUCGGUUGACAUUCGCUACUUUGUCUCCGCUAGUCUCAUAAUUGCCAAAUUAGGCUCUACGUACGGCGUGUUUUAUAUGGUUUGGUUUCACCCUAGCCGUGGAAUUACAAAAACGAGUGACCUAUGACUGAUCCUGCUCGUGACCAGUGCCAUUUUCUUACAAGAUUCCCAGCCGACGUUUCGAUGUAUCUUGGCCUCUUUUUUAAACGCUUUUCUUUCAAAACGCUUUCAGGGCCUUCAAAUCUGGGCCAACUUCUGCAACGGCAGCACAGGCCAGUUGUCCGUCAUAACCGUUGCUCUGAUGACUGCUGGUUCUCUAGCCCGGAUAUUUACUUCGAUACAAGAGACUAAUGAUUUUCUCAUUGUCAUGAAUUAUGUUGCCAGUUCGGCAGCAAAUCUAAUUCUCUUGGCUCAAAUUGCGUACUACUGGAGAAGCGAACUCCCGCCUCCGGAGGAGAGGAAGAAGAAGGAUUAA